AACUGAAAUGUCAUUUUAACCAGAAGACUCCGUCCUCUCUGUGCUCCGGAGAUGGGCAAUUCCUAUGCUGGACAGCUGAAGAGCACGCGGUUUGAAGAGGUCCUCCACAACUCCAUCGAGGCUUCCCUCCGCUCCAACACCCUCGUGCCCCGGCCCAUCUUCUCCCAGCUGUAUUUGGAGGCUGAGCAGCAGCUGGCCUCCUUAGAAGGUGGUGGCCGGGUGGACAACGAGGAAGAAGAGGAUGAGGGAGAAGGGGGGUUAGAACCCAGUAGUCCUUCAAAUGCCUACCAGCUGCCCCCUCCUCCCGAAGGGUGCUGCACCACGGAUGGCUUCUGCCAGGCUGGGAAGGACCUGCGUCUCGUCUCCAUUUCCAAAGAGCCCAUUGAGGUCCCUGCAGGCUUCCUCCUGGUUGGGGCCAAGUCUCCCAGCCUGCCCGACCACCUCCUGGUGUGCGCGGUGGACAAGAGGUUCCUGCCUGACGACAAUGGCCACAAUGCCCUCCUUGGUUUCUCUGGGAACUGUGUUGGCUGUGGGAAGAAAGGCUUCUGCUACUUCACCGAAUUCUCCAACCACAUCAACCUGAAGCUGAGCACGCAGCCCAAGAAACAGAAACACCUCAAGUACUAUCUGGUCCGGAACGCACAAGGGGCACUGACCAAAGGGCCUUUGAUUUGCUGGAAAGGCUCGGAGUUCAGAAGUCGGCAGAACUCCACCAACACCUGCUCCAGUGCCCUGUUCCCACCACUGGAGAGCUCGGGGUCUCUGACUGCCUUCCCCGGUGAGCCCGUUCAUGGGACCAACUCCAGCGUUCCAGUGGGAGCUCAACAGGCAGGACUGGCCUCUGAUCACCCCUCAGGGACCACAGCCACAGGUCCCACCGUCUUCAACGGCAAGGAGUCCCCCAAGCACCCACAGCUGGCCAAGAGCGGUCUGUCAGUCCCGCCUCGUCCCUCAGGCUUAGGUAUCUUGCCAAACUCCGGGCCUCCCAAAAAACGCCACAAAGGGUGGUCCCCGGAGUCUAAAUCAACCACGGAUGGUGGCUUCCCUCAGGGCGGUGGCAAUAAAGCUAAGCAUGAAGGUACUGGCAUACCCUGCGUGCCCCAGGCUGGCUUGGUGGGGCCAGCUUCAGUCACCUUCCCGGUGGUGGCCUCCGGUGAACCAGUGUCUGUUCCCGACAACUUGCUGAAAAUAUGCAAGGCCAAGCCGGUGAUUUUUAAAGGCCACGGGAACUUCCCCUAUCUCUGUGGCAACCUGAAUGAUGUGGUCGUCAGUCCCCUGCUCUACACCUGCUACCAGAACUCACAGUCGCUUUCCAGGGCCUACGAGCAGCACGGCGCCUCCACCAUGCAGCCCAUAUCUGAGGAGACGCAGCUGCUGCUGACCGUCUACUACCUCGUCCAGCUGGCUGCAGAUCAGGUGCCUCUGAUGGAGGACCUGGAGCAGAUCUUCCUGCGCUCCUGGCGCGAAUCACACCUGACCGAGAUCAGGCAGUACCAGCAGGCACCUCCGCAGCCCUUCCCCCCGGCCCCCAGCACGGCAGCCCCUGUGACCUCUGCACAGCUGCCCUGGCUGGCAGGCCUGGCUGCCAGCUCUUGCAACGACAGUGUGCACGUCAUCGAAUGUGCUUACUCCCUGGCUGAGGGCCUCUCCGAGAUGUUCCGGCUGCUCAUUGAGGGUAAACUCUCCAAGACCAACUACGUGGUCAUCAUCUGCGCCUGCCGGAACGCCACCAUCGACUCCUGCAUUGCUGUCACUGGGAAAUACCAAGCCCGGAUUCUCUCCGAAAGCCUCCUCAGCCCUGCAGAGUACCAGAGAGAAGUCCACUAUGAGCUGGUCACUGGCAAAGUGGACUCCCUGGGGGCCUUUUUUAGCAGCCUCUGUCCAGAGGGUGACAUUGACAUUUUGCUGGACAAAUUUCACCAGGAAAAUCAAGGCCAUGUCUCGUCCUCAUUCACUGCUUCUUCUACCAAGAAAACAGCCGUGCUGGAUGCCAGUGGGGUUCCCGUGUGCACAAGUUAUCGUCUGGAGCCAAGGGGCGUCCGGCCCUUUCAGCUGGCGGUGGCACAGAAGCUCCUGUCGCACGUAUGCUCAAUCGCAGAUUCCAGCACCCAAAAUCUGGACUUGGGGUCCUUUGAGAAGGUGGACUUUCUCAUUUGCAUUCCACCGUCAGAGGUGACCUACCAGCAGACCGUGUUCCAUGUCUGGCACUCAGGGGUUCUGCUGGAGCUGGGCCUGGAAAAAGAGCCUGUGACCAAGAAGAGGGCGGAGCAGCACGUUCUGAAACUAGACACAGAGGCCCAGGCAAGAUUUAAGGCCUUUCUGCAAAACUCCUUCCAGAACCCACACACGCUCUUUGUCCUCAUCCACGACCACGCCCACUGGGAUCUAGUGAGUGCUGUCCACAACGUCCACUCUCAAGGCGACCCCUCGGUGGGGUUAGUGGACAGACUGGUCAACUGCAGGGAGGUGAAAGAGGCGCCCAACAUCGUGACUCUCCACGUGACCUCCUUCCCGUACGCACUGCAGACACAGCACACCCUCAUCAGCCCCUACAACGAGAUCCACUGGCCUGUCUCCUACAGUAACGGAGUGGACCUGUACCAUGAAAAUAAGAAGUACUUUGGGCUCUCUGAGCUCAUUGACUCCACCCUGUCAGGACACAGUCUCCCCUUGCUCCGAUAUGACAGCUCCUUUGAGGCCAUGGUCACUGCGUUAGGAAAAAGAUUUCCCCGCCUGCACAGCGCGGUGAUCAGGACCUUUGUUCUUGUGCAGCACUACGCGGCCGCCAUGAUGGCCGUGAGCGGCCUCCCGCAGAUGAAGAACCAUACGUCGGUGGAGACCCUGGAGAUCACCCAGAACCUCCUCAACUCCCCGAAGCAGUGUCCCUGCGGCCACGGGCUCAUGGUCCUGCUGCGAGUUCCCUGUUCACCCCUGGCAGCUGUGGCCUACGAGCGACUGGCCCACGUACGAGCUCGGUUGGCUCUGGAGGAACACUUCGAGAUCAUCCUGGGCCACCCCAGCUCCGGCAUCACUGUGGGCAAACACUUUGUGAAGCAGCUUAAGAUGUGGCAGAAGAUCGAGGACGCGGAGUGGCGGCCCCAGACUUACUUGGAGUUGGAGGGCCUGCCCUGCAUCCUGAUCUUCAGUGGGAUGGACCCUCACGGGGAGUCGCUGCCACGGUCUCUGAGGUACUGUGACCUGCGUCUAAUCAAUUCCUCGUGCCUGGUGAGGACAGCCCUGGAGCAGGAACUGGGCCUGGCUGCCUACUUUGUGAGCAGUGAUACCCCCUUGGAGAAGGGGGCCAAGAACGAGGCCUUGGAGAGUGAUGGGGAGAAGCUAAGCAGUACAGAUGAAGAUGAGGAGGCAGGGAUGGAAGGGUGUUUUGAAGCAGGUUCCACCUCAGAGAAGAGGAGCCCGGUGAAGAGGGAGCGCUCGCACUCCCAUGACUCCGCAUCUUCCUCCCUCUCUUCCAAAGCGUCCGGCUCAGUGCUCUAUGGCGAGUCCCUGGUUCCACUCUCAGGCCCUCCACAGGGAGAGCUGGCCAGGUCACCUCCACCCUGUGGCCCUGCAGAGGAGGGCAGGACCCCUGGGGAGAUACAGCGGCUCCGCGUGAGUCAGGGAUCUACAGUCACCAGCAGGAACAGCCCUGGGCUGGCCCCACAGCCUGAUUCCAGCCUCAGGACUGGCCGGAGGAGCCUGCCGGUGCCAGCCGCCCCAUCCUCCCAGCUGUCCUCCUCUUCCUCGGGCUCAUCGUCCGCCUGUGCGGUGCCCGCUGCCAACGUCCUGGUCCUCCAGGCCUCCCAGUGCUCCAUGGCCAAGGCCUGCCGGCAGCCGCCCAUCGUCUUCCUGCCCAAGCUGGUGUACGACAUGCUUGUGUCCACCGACAGCAGCGGUUUACCCAAGUCUGCCUCCCUCCUGCCUUCCCCGUCCGUCAUGUGGACCAGCUCCUUCCGCCCCCUGCUCAGCAAGAUGAUGACGUCGACCGAACAGUCCCUGUACUACCGGCAGUGGACGGUACCCAGGCCCAGCCACAUGGACUAUGGCAACCGAGCCGAAGGCCGGGUGGACAGCUUCCACCCCCGCAGGCUGCUGCUCAGUGGGCCGCCUCAGAUAGGGAAGACGGGUACCUACCUGCAGUUCCUCAGCAUCCUGUCUAGGAUGCUGAUUCGGCUGACGGAAGUGGAUGUUUACGAUGAAGAAGAGAUCAAUACCAGCCUCCAAGAGGAAUCGGAUUGGCAUUACCUCCAGCUCACCGACCCCUGGCCAGACCUGGAGCUAUUCCAGAAGAUGCCUUUUGAUUACAUCAUUCAUGACCCAAAGUAUGAAGAUGCCAGUCUGAUUUGCUCACAUCACCAGAGCAUCAAGAGUGAAGACAGAGGGAUAUCCCGGAAGCCGGAGGACCUGUAUGUGCGGCGUCACACGGCACGCAUGAGACUGUCCAAGUACGCGGCAUACAACACGUAUCACCACUGUGAACAAUGCCACCAGUACAUGGGCUUUCAUCCCCACUACCAGCUCUAUGAGUCCACCCUGCACGCCUUUGCCUUCUCUUACUCCAUGCUAGGAGAGGAGAUCCAGCUCCAUUUCAUCAUCCCCAAGUCCAAGGAGCACCACUUUGUGUUCAGCCAACCCGGAGGCCAGCUGGAGAGCAUGCGUUUGCCCCUCGUCACAGACAAGAGUCAUGAACACAUCAAGAGCCCAACCUUCACUCCAACGACGGGCCGUCAUGAGCACGGGCUCUUUAAUCUGUACCAUGCGAUGGAUGGAGCCAACCAUCUACAUGUGCUGGUGGUCAAGGAGUAUGAAAUGGCCAUUUAUAAGAAAUACUGGCCCAACCACAUUAUGCUUGUGCUCCCAAGCAUCUUCAACAGUGCUGGAGUCGGGGCCGCCCACUUCCUCAUCAAGGAGCUGUGCUACCACAACCUGGAGCUGGAGAGGAACCGGCAGGAGGAGCUGGGGGUCAAGCCCCAGGACAUUUGGCCCUUCAUCGUCAUUUCCGAUGACUCCUGUGUGAUGUGGAAUGCAGCAGACGUGGACUGUGCUGGAGAACGGAGCAGGGAGUUUUCCUGGUCCGAGAGGAACGUCUCUCUGAAGCACAUCAUGCAGCACAUUGAGGCCUCCCCCAACAUCACACACUACGCCCUCAUCGGCAUGCGGAAGUGGGCCAGCAAGACGAGGGGCCGCGAGGUGCAGGAGCCUUUUUCCCGAUGCCACGUGCACGACUUCAUCAUCCUCAAUGUGGAUUUGACCCAGAAUGUACAGUACAACCAGAACCGUAUGGUGUCUGACAGUUCCGUGGCCAUCGUGCCGUCCCAGUACAUCUGUGCCCCAGACAGUAAACACACGUUCCUGGCGGCUCCCGCCCAGCUCCUACUGGAGAAGUUCCUUCAAUACCACAGCCACCGCUUCUUCCCGCUCUCUCUGAAGAACCACAGCCACCCCGUGCUGUCUGUGGACUGCUACCUUAACCUAGGACCUCAGAUUUCUGUUUGUUACGUGAGCUCCAGGCCCCACUCCUUAAACAUCAGCUGCUCUGACAUGACGUUCAGUGGGCUCCUGCUGUACCUCUGUGACUCUUUUGUGGGGGCCAACUUCUUGAAGAAGUUCCAUUUCCUGAAAGGCGCCACCCUGUGUGUGAUCUGCCAAGACCGGAACUCUCUCCGCCAGACCGUGGUCCGCCUGGAGUUGGAGGAUGAGUGGCAGUUUCGCCUGCGGGAUGAGUUCCAGACCGCCAACGCCAAGGAAGACAGGCCGCUCUUUUUCCUCACCGGACGGCACAUCUGACAGAGAGAGAAAGAGAGAGAGGCUCCUGAGAGUGUGGGGUCGUCAGGACCCAGCUGCCACCGAGGCUAGUGAAGGUCCCAGACCAAGGGGUGUACGAACUCAGGCACACCCAGAGGUGGUCAUGCGGAGCCCCUGGUGGCACGUGUCACGGUGUCCUGUGGCAGACAGUGAUUUAAAGCCACAGCCACGAGUCCUUGGUGGACAGGACUGAAAACCGAAGACUACUGUGUUCUGGGCCCGACCACAUGCCCUGGUAUCUUGAAGUCCAUUUUGUGCAGAAUGAAGUUUUGCUCACUCUGCUGUCAUUCACAUGCUUCCAUGGACAAACUUGACCUGCUCUAGAGAAUCUUGGGUUAUCUUGUCACGGUGCCUGUGACGAUGAUUUCACAUAGUAGAUUUCCCAUGACUCCCUGCAGAGCAAUAUUCCAAAGGAACAUUUUAACUGUAAAGGCUGGAGACAGGAACAAAAGAGUAGCUCAUUUUCGUAAGAAUUAUUUAAUCACCUACAAGUUUUCUUUGCCAAAGCUAGCCCAAAGGCAUCCAAUUUAAUAUGAUAAAAUGAAUUGCUUUACUUUAGAAAAAAAAAUGUGACUCUAUUAAAAUAGUAAGGGUAAACACCCUACCUCUUAGAAAGGGCAAAAUGGAAAAGAAGUUUUCUUAGAAACCAAAAGGGCUUUAGGGAGGAAAUUAGGAUUGUAGCAGUGGACCGAAGAUUUGCCUUCCAAAGGAAAGAGGACCAAAUUGCUUACAUGAUUAAAAAAAAAAAAAAAGAAAAAAGAAAGCCAAAGUGAUAUACAAGACAGCGAGGAGGGCUGGAGCUCUGGCUCAGUGGUGCAGGUGAGCUUGCCGUUCGGUCCUGAGGACUGGAGUUUGGAUCCCAGCACAUAGGUAACAAGUCACGUGUCUGUAAAGGCCUGUGAUUUCAGCUCUGAGGGGUCCAGUGCUCGCCUCUGUUCUCUGUGUGUGCUCAGGCCUAUGUACACACACACACACACACACACACACAC